AUGCCAAGCACCCCACCGCCGCCGGACGAGGCCGCCACCACCACCCCUGAUGCGGUCAGCCCAGCGGCAGACGACCCCGCCCUGAUCGAGGCAGUCGACGGGGCCGAGGAGGAAGAGGGGGACGAGUUCCUGACCCAGGGCUGGGACGCGACCUCGUCCAACGCAUCCACCUCGGUGACCUCGAGCGUCUACGCGCACACCUUCGAGAACAGGCACCGGUAUCACUCGAUGGAAAGCUAUUUUACGCGCAAGGCGGCCCUGCACGCCUUGCCCUCAGUCAUGGGGAAGCCAUUCGCCGCCCUGGGGCUGUCCGCGGCCAAGAGGGAGGUCUGGGCCGCAAGGGUGAGGGCGUCGCUGCGGGAGAACAAUAAUCCAAUGCCGACACAUCUGUCCCUCACCGACCAUGAAGAAAACGACGCCAUCGCCCUCAUCGUCGGCCUGUACGCCAUCAUCAGCAUUGUCCUGUCCAUCUGCAUCUGCCGCCUCCGGCGCGACGCCGUCCCGAGCAGCCACGACGGGUACUCGUCAGCCCCGUCGCGCCGCUCGUCGUUGUCCUCCUCCGACGGCGAGAAGAAGUCGCCGCCGAAGGGGCCCUGCGUGCCCACGGGCCGGUUCACUGCCGGGCCGAGGCCGGUGGCGGGGCCCACACCACCGCCGCCCGGGAACAGAUUCGCGGCGAGAGAAGGGAUCGGGGUAGAGAAGUGCCACCGUCGCCCCGGGAGACAGAUGGGUUCGGCGCGCGCGAGCGAAGAACGCUCCGAUUCGGAGGGGACCGCCUGCAGCUGUCGCGAGGUGUCAAUCCGCUGGAGGCGGAGCUGGGACAUGCGGAGCUGAUGUCUUGUAAGGUGGAGGGGGCUAAUUACUUGUGCAGAGCAUGCCCUUGGUCAUCUGGACUUUGGAACCACCCAGUCCUCGGGAUUUCCUGGGAUACGUUGGUAGAUAGGUACAUUAGAUUAUGAGACGGCUCGAUCAGUAAUUACUUCUCCUUCACGCGUCUUGGUUCCGAACCCCCGAGACUCCUCCGUCCUAUGGGAUGUCGUUUGAUGAUUCGAACCGUACCGUCUCAGGCUGCAGCUUCUGUGGCUGUCGGUCGCCCAGUACAAUG